AGUAGGUGCGAACUAGGCGGAAGAAAUUAGGUAAACUCUCCGCUCUUAGCUGAACGUAUACAACGUCUACGAUAAUGAAUCUAAAAUUAAUGAUUUCAGUCUGCUAUUUAUUUUUUAUAAUAUUAUUUACGUUUGUGAAUUGUGCAAAAAACUCAGACGAAUCAAACAAGCCUGAUAUUGCAAGAACGGGGAAAACAAAAAGAGCGAAAAUGAAGCAAAAUACGGCGGUAGGAACACUGUCGAACGUUAUCACGCAAAUACAAAAUCUACCCACCAUGGAUCUGGGAAGGAGAUUUCGUACGCCGUGCAAAACUGGAAACAAAUGUGGGAAGGUAAUUAAAAGACUAAUGGUGCCAAAGUUGGCUCAACUGGAGAACACAAUAAUGGGGAUCAUGAAGGAGCUCUCGAAGAUGCCGCCGGGUUCCCGUCUACCUGAUAAGUAUACGAAAACCGAACCUGUCAAAUUGCUCUUGGAUCAGAACUAUAAGGAGGAUGUGUGCAUGGAUAAACUUGAGUCCUGUUUGAAAGAAGACAAGCGCCGGAAGCGAAUAUUGAAGAAGCUAUUCUUUAAGAAAUAUAACUCGUUGAGGCAAGAACUUAUUGGAUACGGUGGCAGACGAUUGUGGGGCGGCGAAGGAAACCUAUUUUAUAGAAGAUAGAUAAUAAUAAAUUGUUAGAACAGUU